CAGCCUGCCUCUGUCGUUUUCCUUUUCCUCUCUUUCUUCUUCAGCAAGCACUCAAACACCAAAAGCUAGUUUCUAGUUUCUUCUAAUCCCUUUUUUUCUUCUUUUUUUCUUCUGCCUUUCUAAUACACAAGAGCUGUGCUCUUACAACUUAAUACCCAAAAACGAGAAAAUCUAUACACAACAGUAGUUGCCGGCCAACUAUACCCCUAAUUCACUACCGCUAAACCCCCUAAUAGAACGAGAAUCUAGCUUUUACUUGCUCAAAAAGCCCCUUGAAAUUUUUUAAGAAACGACAAUUUUUGCAAUAGCAUAUUAAUCACAAUGUCGACCAUCCAACUGUCAUUCUCUCUUCGCGUUUCUUCUGGCAUCAAGUCCGUUCAUCUGCUCGGUUCUUGGGAUAACUACGUUGGCCAGAUCCCCCUUUCCAAGGACAAGACCUCCAGCAAAUCAGGUUCGUGGAAGGGCACUUUCCGAUUUCAGGGCAAUCUCGAGGCUGGCCAGCGAUACUGGUACUACUACAUCAUCGAUGGAUACCACAUCUCGCACAACCCCAGUGAGCCGUCGACCGUCGAGCCCACUACCGGUCGAGAAUUAAACAUCCUUGACGUGCCCAAGUCCGGCAAGUCUUCAUCAUCAAAGUCCCACAGCUCCAGCAAGAGCUCGUCCAAGCACACAUCAUCUUCGUCAUCAUCCAAGGACAAGCACCGGUCUUCCAAGCGCCCUUCUUCCCUUGACAUUCCUAAGGGCCGACCCCUCUCCGUCUCGCAGAUCGUGGCUCCCAAGCCCAUGUCUCCCCACGCCACCCGUCACAUCCUAGAUGCUGACUACUGCGACGACGAGACCAUCGAGGAACUUACCGCACGCUUCGGCAGCGCCGGUUUCGACGAGGAGGACAUUGUCACAGACUUCUCCAGCUCUCCCGUCUCCUCAUCCGGUUCCAGCCUGUCCUACCGCUCUGACAGCUCAUCGCCAAGCUCAUCGCUUUCCGGUUACAGCACACCCGCCUCAGACUGCAGCAACUGCACUUGCGAACGAUACGGUAUUACUCGCAAGGGCGACCGCGUUAAGAUCGACUGUGGCGGUACCCGAUGCGGCUUCAGUGACGAUGAUUCCUCCUCUUGCUCCAGCGGCGACGAAGAAAACUACGUCCCGCGCAACUCCCGCCGAAACGGCAUUGUGGUACGCGCGUAAAGACUUGCACCCCUUGGGGGGUCCCACCAAGCAGCACAUAAUAAUACGCCAGAAGGCCGAAGAUACGAGAUAUCGAGGCUGUUCGUUCAUUAACGGGCACAGAGCGGCAAAUUUUCUCUUCGCUCUGCUCGUCCAGUUGUUCCAUUGCAUCAGCACGGGUUUUUUUUUUUUU